AUGGCUAAUUUUGGCUUGGUCUUCUUCAUCAUAUUUUCCUUGGUUUUUACCCAUGGCCAAAUGGUCCACCACAGAUUUGCUAGAUCUAUGUCGAGCAUGGACAAUCUGCUGAAGUUAAUCGAAGAUCUGGCCUUUAACCUGGAAUAUUAUGCUGCUGAUCUGGCCAAAAAAGCUCAUACUAUUAACAAGGGUAUUGACCAAAUGAUGAAAAGGCAUCUGCAGGUCCAGGAAAAAUCAAAACACUUCUGGGGUAGCCCUUUUAAUAGUUUCACACUCAUUCGUCAUAUGAAGGCAGACUGGAUUUCAUGGAAAAUCUAUAUGAAGAAACCUGUGGGCUUGGAUAAACUUGCUUAUCUAGAGUCCAAGAAACAUUCUUUGCCGCAGAAAUGGGACUUUGCGGAAGCAGCUGAGGGAAUUAGGAGAAUGCAAUUAGUAUACGGGAUGUCAGCCAAAGACAUAGCAAAUGGUUUGCUAAAUGGAGUACAAUAUAAUUCCUCUUUAACAGCUCGCGAUUGUCUGGAAAUGGGGGUUCAUCUCAUGAAAACCUCACGGUGGUUGGAUUCUGAAAACUGGAUUCGUGAAGGUUUUAGAGCUCUGGAGCGGUCCGAUCCUCAACCGGAGAUGGAUUUGUUAAGAGCCCCAAUAAGUUCUGAAUUGUACAGGACUCUGGCAAGAAUUCGCCAAAUGCAGAGUGAGUAUUAA